GCUACUGAUGGUGGUUGGGAGGGGCGAAGUGAGGCGAGGCAUCACCGUCACUUUAUAAUCUCAUCUUCAACGCAAGGCGGCUACUCAGAAUAACAGCCCGAGAUCAGACAAAACAUUAGUAGGCACUUUCUGAGAGAUCAGGAGGCAUUUCCGAUAUGGCGGCCCCGGAGCGAUGGCUUCUUAUCUACCUGUCCUUGCUUUCUCUCAACAAAUGGACUUCAGCUUUUAACUUGGAUACCGAAAACGUUAUUAAGAAAACUGGAAAGCCGUCAAGUUUGUUUGGGUUUUCUCUUGCUAUGCACUGGCAGCGAAAGCCAAGAGAUCAAAAAAUGUUAUUAGUUGGUGCUCCAAAAGCAGAAGGACUUCCGAACCAAAAAGCUACAAUUACGGGAGGAUUGUAUAAAUGCCCCAUUACAGCUGAAGAAAAUGACUGUGUGCGUGUCAUUUUUGAUGAUGAAGCUGAUUUGACACAGGAGAGUAAAGAAGAUCAAUGGAUGGGUGUUUCUGUGAGAAGUCAGGGACCAGGUGGGAAGGUCAUGGUUUGUGCUCAUCGGUAUGAGCAAAGGCGAUAUGUGAAUAAGGCAGACGAGGCUCGUGAUGUGACUGGACAGUGCUAUGUUUUGAGCCAGGAUCUUGUUUUCCGUGAAAAUGAAACCGAUAAAAAUGUGAAACUUUGCCUUGGGCGACUUCGGGGUCAUGAAAAGUUUGGUAUUUGUCAGCAAGGUGUAGCUAGUGCUUUCAGCAAUAAUGGUACUUACUUUGUGUAUGGAGCACCAGGUGCCUACAACUGGAAAGGAAUAGUACAUGUUGAAGAAAUCAAAAACAUUGAAGACCUUAACUUUGAUGGACCCUAUGAAGUUGGUGAUGAAAGCAAACGUGAUGAAAAAUUGAUACCUGUUCCUGCUAAUAGCUAUUUAGGCUUCUCUCUGGACUCAGGCAAGGGAAUCACAUCGAAGAAAACAUUUACCUUUGUAUCGGGUGCACCAAGAGCCAAUCAUGCUGGAGCGGUUGUUUUCCUAAAGAUAGAGGAACGCACAAGAAACCUAAUGACUGAACAUGUCCUGGAUGGGGAAGGAUUGGCAUCCUCUUUUGGAUAUGAUGUUGCUGUGGUGGACCUUAACCAAGACAGCUGGUUGGAUCUUGUAGUAGGAGCCCCACAGUUCUUUGACAGAGAAACAGGAAUUGGUGGUGCUGCAUACGUUUAUAUUAAUCAAGGAGGAAAUUGGAAGAACAUACAGCCUAUUCGUUUGAAUGGGACCAAAGAUUCCAUGUUUGGACUGGCUGUUGAGAAUAUAGGUGACAUUAACCAGGAUGGGUAUCCAGAUAUUGCUAUUGGAGCACCGUACGAGGAAAAUGGCAAAGUUUACAUAUACCAUGGAUCUAGUUCUGGGAUAAAUGUGGAACCCUCUCAGAUUCUCAAUGGGAAUGACGUUGGGAUCCCUCUAUUUGGCUAUUCUCUUGCAGGCAACCUAGAUGUCGAUGCAAAUAAGUACCCUGAUCUGGCUGUUGGCUCACUCAGUGAUGUAGUCGUGAUGUACAGGGCACGACCUGUUAUCCAAAUCACAAAGAGAGUCACGACUACACCCAAUAUUAUUGAUAUGAAGAAGAGCUAUUGUAGUAACAAUCAAGGAUUUUGCAUGAGCGUCAAGGCAUGCUUUAUGUACACAGCUCAUCCCAGUGGUUUCAAUUCCAGGAUAAUUGUAAACUAUUGGAUUGAAGCUGACACUGCAAGACAUAAGAUGGGUCGGAAGCCGAGAGUCAGAUUUAUUUCUCCUGGGGAUGUUUCCACGAACAAUGUGACUGGCAGUCUCACACUAAACAUGCAAGGAAAAGAGAAAUGUGUGACUGAAGAAAUGCAGCUGCAAGAGCAUAUUUAUGAUAUACUACACCCUAUUCCCAUAUCAGUUGGAGUACUGCUCAAGCAGUCAAGACGCAAGAAAAGGCAAGAUUCCAACUUAAUUGACUUGCUUCCUGUCCUUGAGAAGAGUGACCCUCAGCGUACAGAGGUUGAAUUUUUGAAGGAAGGCUGUGGUUCUGAUGGCAUUUGCAAGAGUAACCUCAAGUUAGAAUAUGAAUUUUGCUCCAAGGAUCAAAACCAGCAGAAUAACUUUAUUCCUUUACCUAAGGAUAAAACAAUUCCAGUAUUUAAAUUAAAGGACCAGAAGGACAUAGGGCUGAAAAUAACUGUUACUAACAAGCCAUCAGACCCCAAAAGACCAGAAGAAGAUGGAGAUGAUGCACAUGAAGCUCACCUGACUGCAACAUUUCCAGACACUUUAACCUACUCUACAUAUCGAGCCCCGACAUCAAACUCAGAUAAAAUAUUGUGCACAGCGAAUCAGAAUGGGUCUCAAGCAGUGUGCGAUUUGGGGAAUCCCUUAAAAAGAGGAUCUGAGGUUGUUUUCUACUUAGUCAUGAGUACUGCAGGAAUUACAUUGGACACCAGGAACCUUAAUAUCAAUCUACAACUGGAUACGACCAGCGAACAGGCUAAUGUAUCAUCAAUUGCUACUGCUCAAGUUAUGAUUGAACUACUUUUGUCUCUGGUUGGUGCUGCCAAACCAUCUCAAGUAUAUUUUGGAGGUUCCCCAAAGGGUGAGAGUGCUGUGAAGACUGAAGAGGAUGUAGGGAGUUUGAUUCAGUAUGAGUUCAGGAUAAUCCAUUUGGGCACCUCACGUAAAACUCUGAACAAUACCUGGCUACAAAUCAGGUGGCCAAAAGAAAUAAAUAAUGGAAAAUGGCUGCUCUAUUUGGUGAAAAUUGAUUCAAAAGGCAUCGAUAAUAUUAAAUGCAUGCCUGAAGAUGAAAUCAAUAACCAAGGUUUUAAGGAAGUUCCUAAUCAAAUAAGGAAAAGAAGACAGCUUGAGGCCAAUGGACCCAAGAAGUCAAGAAUAACGUUAUCUCCUAAAAGAAAAUAUAUAACUCUAGAUUGUGACCAGAUGAACACUACUAGAUGUGUUGAUAUAAAAUGUCCCCUUCAAGGACUUGAUAGCAGUGCGUUCCUGGUUUUACGUUCAAGGUUAUGGAACACCACUUUCCUAGAGGAAUUUUCCAAAUUGAAUUACCUUGAUAUCAUUGUUAAAGCCACGAUAACUGCUGAAUCUCAGGCCAAAAACAUUGUGAUUAAUAACGCUGAAACUAAGGUACGAGUCACAGUGUUCCCUGAAAAAACUGAGAAUCAUUACUUUGGAGUUCCUUGGUGGGUUGUUUUUGUCGCUAUCCUGGUUGGAAUUUUGCUGCUGGCGCUGCUAGUAUUUUUAUUAUGGAAGCUUGGCUUCUUCAGGAAAAACAGAAAAGCUUCUCACAAUGUUCCUUGGUAUUCCAAGGCUGAGAUCUCCGUUCAGCCAUCUGACAAAGAAAGACUUACUUCUGAUGCAUAAUGUUGACCCACUUCCCUCAUUGAUUUGUGUGGAUUUUUUAAACGCUCCCAUUAUGAUGACAGUGUUCCACGAUACCAUGCAGUCCGAAUCAAAAAAGAAGAACGACAAACCUUUGAGGAUGUAAAAUUAAACAAGAAAUUUGACAAGAAACAAUGGAUGACAACAUGGCAGGAAAAUGAAAGCUACUCCUAAGAACCACUUGUCUUUGUAUUGUUAAAAUGCUGAAUUUAGCAUGCCAUAGUAAUAUGUGCUAUGUUGGUACUGCAUUACUGUGCAUUGAUUUCUCUUCAACUGUCUAAGAAUGGUUCUUGAUUACAGAGAUUUAUGUAGUGCAGCCCAUACCACAGCGUGGUUGCCAUUCUUUAAAUACACCCAGAAUGCCUUCUGGAUUGGUUGGAUUUUGAACCACUCAUUGUUUGAACAAUUUUGGUGGGUAAGAUUUGCCUUGUACACCAAGUCUCCAGCAGUAUGGGAUUGAAUUAGUAUCUGCUCCAGAAUAUAGGUGUGAAAAACCUUCUAAUUUCAUUCAGUAACAUUUGGUCCUCGCCAUUUUUAAUCUUUAAUGUGCAAUAGUCAACUGUGUAACUGACUAUUGAUUUUCAAUUGAUGAAUGUGUUUCAGUGUCGCCAGGACCCAGUUUGUGUGAUCAGAAAUGAGUCAACAUUUUGAACUGGGAUUGAGUUUUAAACAAAAAAAACUGUACAUUUUUGUAAAUAGUUAUAUAUUUUAGAAUGUCCUGGUAUUUAUUUUGUCAUAAAUUGUGUCCUUUCACUAAUCAUUAGUAUGCCACAGAUGGCUAAGUUUCCCAUCCGGGAUGAUAAAAAUGUUGUGGAUGCAACUUGAGUAUAGAAAUUUAGAUUUGAGUGAAAAAAGAUGUAAUAUCUAGAGAAAGUGCUGACCAAUUUGUCUUUGCUUAGAUUUAUACUGGGUUAGUUUUGCCUCCCAUAUGGUGUUGAAAAGAAAUGAAAAAAUAUCUAAUGAGCUUGCUAAGUUUGUUUAAAAAUGGCCUGGUGCAGCAUUCAGUUGAUUCAGUUGUGUGGUCAAAUCAAAAAGUAAGUAAUUUGUUUCUUCCCAGACCUGAAUGUAAGUAUUCGACUGUCUAUAAAAUUAAAGGAAAAAUCGCAGACAAAACUUUACCUUUAAUUUAAUGUACAGAGGGUAUAUACACUCAAAUUAUAAGCUUGAGGAAGGACAAUUAUGAAGCUUUGCUACAGGAGGAAAGAAUACUGUAAUGAAGCUUACUGUUUGAGAGCAUGAAUGUAAUAAGUAAGUUGCGUAGGAGGAAGAAGAGAGGGUGAUAUGGGAGUGAAGAGAAUAGAGCAUUUUCCAAACUAGCUGCAAUUAUUAACCAAGGCAGUGGGUCUACUGUAAUAAUCGACUCUUUUGAGUAAGAAAAGCAAAUGCGAAAACAGAAGUUUAACACUGGAUGGAGGUAGGGGAAGCUAAGAAGAGGAUAUACCAUUGCAAUGAAGAACUGUGCAGACUAUAAGCUGUCUGUCAGGCUCUAGCAGAAAAAGAAGUCUCACUUUUGUACCAGGGAACUUUUCAGGCACCCAUUGUUAGAAGUCACCCAGAUUGUUUGUUUCUCUUUCAAGUAACUUAUGCUUCAUUUCCUACACAGUCGGCUAAAAACUUGGGGUGAAUUCUUACUUUUGAGUUUUUUGCUACUUUUAGAAUCCACUUUCCCCUUGUACUUUUAACUUCUCCAGAAUGAUUGUGGAUUUGCAUGACUGCAUAAGUAGCUGCUAGCUUAAAACAGUUGGGUGCCUGCAUAGCCAACUGGUGAGCUGUACAAAAUACAAAAGAAUUGUUACCAAUAUAUGUGACUAACAGGUGGUACUACACUAUACUUGGGCAUCUCAUUUUACUGACACACAGUAAAAUGAGAUCUCACCCAUAGUAGGUGCUAGUCCAGGCACUGGGACUAUUACAAUCGAAUUUUUUAUGAUGGAUGCAAAUGGCAUGAAUAUUCUAUAUGUGCUACUGUUGGAAACCAUUUUAUAUUGGCUAAUCUUUUGUGUAGGAUUUUGAGGUUUUGGGAUUUGACCUGUAUCUUCUUUCUUCCUUGUAUAACUAAAGUCAGGUGUAGCCUUCAUAGUUACUGUUACUUGUGCAGGCAUCACUGCUGAGUGUGUCCCUAAUGGUGAGCUACAGCUCAAAUAAGUCUUUUCUUAGCUUUUACAGAACACCUAUCAAUGUGUCUUUGUGUGCCAGUAGUGUUUUAUGAAUUUGUUUUGUAACUGCUGUAUUCUUCAUGUGCAGAUAGGACUGGUUUAGUUUGGGAUAAUGUUUGGCAUGGACUGGUUGGACCGAAGGGUUUGCUUCCAUGUUGUGUGACUUUGUUUUGUGUUCAUAUUUUCUGCAAUAUUCAUGCAUAUUGUUUUAGUAAGUUUGCAACAUGAUGCAUCCCCCCCCACCACCCCCAACCUCCCCCCCCCCCCCCCCCCCCCUCCAAUGUCAUAUCACUUUCCCUGUCUCAUUUUUGCAAAACUAGCAAGUAUUCUUGCCCGGGAAAUCUAAAUCCAAACUGCAGUUGUUCCCAGUACACUGGGGCACCGUUUCAUUAAGAAUGAACUUUUAAAUAUUCUACACAACCCUUCCUCAUGUCAAAUUCACUGAAUACAUCAAAUUCUUAAGUAUUCUCUUUCUAAUUCAUGUCUUCCAAUAAUUUCCUCGCCAGUUUAUUGAUUUCAUAAUUGAUGUAUUUCUGAAACAGAACAAAAUAUAGUUUUACAGUUGUAAAUAACCUCCUCUUGUAAAAGGUGUGGUAAGACAGAACUGAUUAGGUUCACCCUAGGGACUUCUUGAGAAAGGAUAAAGUUUUGAAAAUUGGUUUUUGGUUCAGAAAGGCAGUAAUUAUCAGGUACUUUAAUUUUUUUUUGCACGUGUCUUAUCAUUUCAUAGGUCUGCCCUGAAAUAUGUUGCCCCACACGACAUUCCUCACAGCAAUUAUUUACCUUCGUUUCUUGGUAGUGCAAAGCUUAAACAUUGCUAAGAAGAGACAAAAAGUUGAAAUGUUUUGCAAUCAUCAGGAACAAAAAGCAAGAAAACCAACUUAGAACAGAAGCAUCAAUGUCUACAGCACGAGAAGUAGUUACUGUUUGAUUUGACUAAUCCUGGCAUGGAGAUGCAGUAACAUAGUUAACUGAUUAAACUUCAAACCAGGCAAGUCAACUCUGAUCAGUCAGGGUGUUGCUAUGAAAAUGUAGCAGGAAUUGGCUGUUUCCUUAGCAAGAUAUAGAGAUGCCUGAAAGGCAAUGGUCAGUUUGAUCUAGUUUCAACUGAUGUCCAUAUUUUCCAGUAUGGAUCUGUGGAUACUAAUUGAGUGGGACGCUGGGUGGUUUCAUCCCUCUUCUUAACAUUUAGAUUCUGAAGUCAACUAUAAAUGCCUUGAUUAAGCACAGACCAGAACUGGACAGAGUAUGACUCAAUUGGAAUUUGGAUGUUUUUCCAAAGAACUCUGAUGUAAUGUUAAAUCUUACACAUGCAUUUUGUAAAAACUAGUCUUGGAAUUCAUAAAAUAUAGUGACAGAGCUAUCUCCUGUGAUAAUUGUGAGUAUUUUGUUAAUUGUUUCUUUAGACGCUUCCUUUAGAAGCUAAUCUUCUCACAAAGCUUGAAUUAUAGAUGACACAGUAAUGUGUUACUGUACCUCUUAAAUGGAACAACAUUAAAUUUGUUCUGUACAUUGUACAAAGUUAUAACGGGGCAGUAUUGUUUGCCAAGUUUAAUAUCUGAACUAUUCUUUAAUGUGGACUGCUACGCUAACACAACAUUGUCAUUAAGAAAUAAUCUUAGUAAAUGCAGUAUCUUUAGGUUAGUCCACAAAUCAGACUCAAAGCUUAGCCCAGUCUUGUGACAUCACAACAGAUGUCACAGGAAGAUCGGAUGGCCUGUUGGCCUUUUUUCAACUUAAAAUAGCAUUUUGUAAAUUAAUUUAUUUCAUUUUCUGCAUUUUUUAAGGACACAUUGAAUGUUAAAAUCUAUUCAGCAUAGAAAUGAGAAGGCUUGCAUUCAUGGUCUUAUUUCAUUGUGAAGGGAAUUUACAUCAACUGAACACUUUUUGAUCUGUAAUCACUACUGUGCUGCAAAGCCAAUUAGCAGGGUCCCAUAAACAGUGAUCUUGCUUUAAUCUUGGAUCUAAAAGAUAACAUCUCUGCUAAUAAAAUGCUUCCGCUUUGCUGAAUGGAUUUUAUGCUGAGAUUCUGGAGAGAGGGCUAUGAUUUCACAAUGUUCUGAUUUGGUGACAGGAUUGCUACCACUUAGCAAAUGCCAGCUCUUUUGAAGUGAAUCAGAGGUAAAACUGUUCAACAGUGACCACAGAAUUAAAACAACAUUAGAGGUUCUGUACAGUUCCAGAAGUAUGUAAUAUGACAGACAUCAUGUCUCUUAGCCUCUCAGCACAGUGUGAUUUACUUUCAUUCCAAUGUCAUUAACAUUAUUUAUAUUUCUUAGAAGUUUGCCUAUCACUAGAAAUGUUAGGAUUUUAACAAAUAAACAAGUUGUUAUGCAAAGAGUGAUCAAAGGGAAAAUGCAAAAGAAGCACUUGAAAUUAGUAGCCAGCUUUGGUUAGAACUGACUUUCAUUCUUUCAUCUGAGCACAUUUCUUGUAUUGCAUCUCCAAUACAUUAUUUUUUCUUAAUUUAAAACCUUUUGUAGAUGUUACCCGUUUCAGAAAUCUCUUCACAAUUUGAAUUUUUAAAAAUCUAGCAAUACGUUAAAUGGUUUAAGUGCUUUGAAUGAAGACUGAAAUGGUCAGUAGGUCAAUGAAUUGAGAUCUAGUUAUUAGCCGAAAGUUAAUGAUAUGACAGUUCAUCUUGCUUUUGAAGAAAACAUAAUUUCAGCAGUUUUUCAGUUGAGACAUUUGCUCUACCUACAAAUAAAGGAUUGCUCUAUAUGUAGGUAAUUAUAAUCUGCUGCAAUUACCUGAAUUUUCCUUUGCUGUGACCUAUGUAGUUAGCAACAAAUUUAAGAUGGAUUCAUUCCAGAAGUUCCAAUUGAACAAAAUACUUCACAUGAAGUAUUUGCAUUUCAAAUAAUAUUUUUCUCUCUCUCUACCUCAACUAUACCUAAUAGAACAAUUUUUAAAAAUCUUCUCUAUUUUCAAAUAAUUUUGCUCGAUACUGAGGAUGUUCCAUUCAUUGAAAUGAAUUGAUGGAAUUUGAGCAACUUGGAAAAUUAGCUACACUGUACAUUGUCAAAUUAUAGCCAAAACAUAACCCACAGCACCACAACUCGGGGAAAAUGGCUUAGUUGUCGACGAGAGAUUGAGAUCAUAAAGCUAAUACAUCAAUUAUGAUUUUUAAAACAUAAUUGAAUGUUUACCUUCUAUCCUGUCAGUGAAAAUAUGCAUUUUUAAAUUAUGUUCAAAUAUUUAGUGAUUUAAACAAAAAUCUUUCAGAUUGCAUCUUGACUGUGAAGGGGGAAAUAUAAUACGGAUAGGGACAUUUAAACAAGUUGUUUUUCUUACAGGAACUGUUAUGUUUUUGUUGAAAAUUAGGGACAUUUAACUGUAUUGGCAAGUCCAUAUUAAGGCAAUUUUUGUUUAGUUGAAACACCUCCUAUUAAUUCCCUAUGUAGAGCGGUUUGAUUCAAAGUUUCUCAUUGUGAUGUUUUAUGUGAAAGAAAAGAGAACUACUGUAUUGUGGCAUUUGGCAAAACAACUAAAUAUAUUUCUUUAUAUUCAGGAUUGCCUGACAUUUGCAAAUGUCACAAAAAAGCAGUUGCCAGAUAAUCUGCUGAGAACUGCUUCUGUUUAGCUGCAUGAGAACCUAUGGGAAACUUGAAGCUUUUGACAGCACUGUCUUCCAUCCUCAGAUACUCGGACUCUCUGAUGAAAUCUAUUAGCAUUACGUGAUAUCUUAAAUGGCCUUGAGAAUAAUUUUCAAGCAUCAUUAUGUGUCCACUAUACAGAAUUUGUUACAUGGUUUACUCUAGAUAAUUAAAUUUCAAAAUUGAGUUUAAUCCAAUAAAAACCUGGAAAUGUUAACUUUAGCUUUCCGUUAUGUGUCUGUUGAUGCAAGUAUCUCUUCAUUUUCCCUGUUCCCUAGAAUAUAUGUGUAUGUGUAUGUGUCAUGUACAGAUAGCUUGAUGGUAGAAUAGGCACUAAAACGCAAGUAAUGAUUCAUGGCAUUGCCUUUGAGCAUUACACUUGUCAAGUCCAUGUAAGAGUUUAAACUUUUCUUUGUUGAAUCUAAAGUUGUUUGACAGAUUAAACCUGAACUUUCUAAAUACAGGUAUUUUCUCAAAACUUUAUUUUGGGGAAAACUGAAGUUUAAAUACUCCUUUUUGCACUUAGACUUCUGGAGUGUUAUACU